UGCUCGAUCGCAUAAUACAGGGUAUGGCUUUAAAACAGUGUAACACGAUGUCAAAAUACAAUGAUGGGUAGGCCAUCAUAAAUAAGAAUUUGUUCUUAAUUAACUGACUUGCCUAGUUAAAACUAAAUUCCAACAAAUGAUUGCCAGUAUGAGUUACGUUGUCUACUCUUGUAGCAAACCUUUAUUUUGAAAAUGUUGACAGCAUGGCUUUAAUGUCGAGUUCCUGUGUACACGUGUUCAUCACGGGUUAGUUACACAAGUAUUUGUAUACAUUCUGUGGUGGUGGUUCAAGAUUAUCCAGUCCAGAUAAAUAGCUAAACUCAAGCUCGGUUACUUUAGGGACACGUUUGCAGACAAUCGUCCGGUUUUCGCUAGCAUCUGUGUUCGCUACUUACGAGAGCUAGCUAGCUGUAGCUAACAACAGUAGCUAGCUAACGUUAGCAACGUACAGUAGUGGGACUCGGAAGCCAGCUACCGAGUGCAACGUUUCCUCUAAUUUCGUGCUUUGUUUUUCAAAUGCGUUUUUUUUUAUACAAGAACAUAAAUAACUGCACUGAAGACUGCAAUGACGUCUGGAGGCCAUCAAUGUAACAUUAGGUGUUGUUCCCACCAACUUGCGUCCCCCAGUGCGCACCAAACAUUGGAUGAAAUGGACUUUGAAAGAGGUAUUUGGUCUGCUGCAAUGGAUGGAGACUUGGAGAGGGUCAAAUCACUUCUCAAGAAGGGUACAGACCCUAAUUUAAGAGACUCAGCCAAUUACACUGCUCUGCACUAUGCCAGCCGCAGUGGGCAUAAGUCUGUAUGUAAGUUCCUUCUGGAGAGCGGGGCAUGUGCCAACCCUCAGACGCCAGGUGGGGCCACUCCUCUUCACCGAUCUGCCUACUGUGGACAGCUGGACGUGGUCCAGCUGUUGCUUCACCAUGGGGCAGAUCCCCAGCUAUGUGAUGGUGAUGGAUCCUCCCCUUUACAUAAGGCUGCAGAGCAGAGCCAUGAAGAUGUCUGCAGACUCCUUCUCCAGUGCUGUCCCUCCCUCCGGAGCCACACAAACAAGAAGUCCCAGGUACCUUACCAGCUAGCACCAGAUGGACAUCUGAAGGAGCUCCUGGAACCCCCACAAUAACACAGGGACACCCAGCUUAACCAAAGUCAACACAACACAUUACUUAUCAGGUUAACUAGAAGAUUAUCCGUGAGGCAGUCACUUGUGUAGAGCUGUUUUGUGUUUUGUUUUCUUAAGGUCCCCACCUAAACUGGCUGGUAUGGGAUUGAUUUUAUCUGGUGUAGUUCUUUCUCAACCAGCAGGGGGAGCAAGUCUACCAGCAAUUGGUUUACUUUGUCAACUAGCUGUUUCUGCAUGUUCACACUCACAAAAUUCCAUGGCAUGCUGAUCCUGACAUCCUGGCCCUGAAUUUGUUAGGUCUGGAUGGCCCUUGGAUAACUGCAGUAGCACGCGCCUGUUUGUCUGUAAUAGCUGCUUUGAGCCAUAGAGCAAGUGCACGUCUGAAAAAGAUGUACUGAAAAACUGAUUACGUGGUAAAAAAUGAAUCUGGCAGUAGUUUGCUUCUUGAUCUACUGUUUUUUCAUAGAACGUGAAACUGAAGAGGCUUUCCAUAUGGUGGGAGGGCAAUUCCAUAUGGUGUGAGACUGAAAUGUGUGUGAGUGUGUUGUGAGGAGGAAGUACUUCUGCAGCUUAUGGAUUUUCCUUGGACAAAGGUAAUAGCCACCAGCCUCAACAAAAAUAGGAUUAAUCAAGCAAAUGAGUUAGCUUUAGUUUGACCACAUACAUUAUUUAUAUUGUGAAAAAUCUCUCAUUUUGUCUGAUCAGUUAUGAUGAAUAAGACUUGUAUAAUGUCUAAAUGAAUGGAUUUAUGUUUGUUUAUGGACAUGAGAGGGAAAAAUUCCAUCUUAUAUGUCUGGACUUGGCGGUAGCUACUUGGCCAACAUCCUUGCCUUUCAAUACUUGGCGGUAGCUACUUGGCCAACAUCCUUGCCUUUCAAUAAUUAGGUAAAUAUAUGGUUUGAAGUUAAACUUUUUGCGCUCUCUCUAGCAUUUAUUAAACUGAAUAAAACACUUGUUAUAUUAUUAAAAUCUUUACUCCACAUUUCACUGCACCUAUCCAGUGUAUGUGACAAUAAAACGUAUAUACCCAACAUGUUCAAAACAUUUGGGGUCACUUAGAAAUGUCCUUUUAAAAAAUCAAAACUUUUUUUUGGUCCAUUAAAAUAAACAUCAAAUUGGUCAGAAAUACAGUGUAGACAUUAAUUUUGUAGAUUACUAUUGUAGCUGGAAAAGGCUGUUUUUUUUUUUAAUGGAAUAUCUACAUUGGCGUACGGAUGCCCUUUAUCAGCAACCAUCACUCCUGUGUUCCAAUGGCAUGUUGUGUUAGCUAAUCCAAGUUUAUCAUUUUAAAAGGCUAAUUGAUCAUUAGAAAACCCUUUUGCAAUUAUGAUAGCACACCUGAAAACUGUUAUCUGAUUGAUUAUUAAAAACAAAACUGUCCUCCUUUAGACUAUUUGAGUAUCUGGAGCAUCAGCAUUUGUGUGUUCGAUUACAGGCGCAAAACGGCCAGAAACAAAGUACUUCCUACUGAAACUCGUCAGUCUAUUCUUGUUCUGAGAAAUGAAGGCUUUUCCUUGUGAGAAAUUGCCAGGAAACUGAAGAUAUCGUACAAUGCUGUGUACUCCUCCCUUCACAGAACAUCGUAAACGGGCUCUAACCUGAACAGAAAGAGGAGUGGGAGGCCCUGGUGCACAACUGAGCAAGAGGACAAGUACAUUAGUGUCUAGUUUGAGAAGCAGACGCCUCACAAGUCCUCAACUGGUAGCUUCAUUAAAUAGUACCCACAAAACAAUGAAGAGGUGACUCCGGGAUGCUGGUCUUUUAGGAAGAGUUGCAAAGAAAAAGCCAUAUCUCAAUAAAAAGAAAAUAUUAAGAUUGGCAAAAGAACACAAACUGAGGAACAUUGGGGGGAAAAGUGUUAUUGACAGACAAAUCUAAGUUUUGAGGUGUUCGGAUCACAAAGAACAUUCGUGAGACGCAAAAAAAUAAAUAAUAAUAUGCUGGGGGAGUGCUUGAUGCCAUCUGUCAAGCAUGGUGGAGGCGAUGUGAUUGUCUGGGGGUGCUUUGGUGGAUCUUGGAGAGGGAAGGCUAUCAAACCAUUUUGCAACGACAUGCCAUACCCUGUGGACAGAGCUUAAUUGGAGCCAGUUUUCUCCUACAACAGGACAAUGAUCCAAAGCACAGCUCCAAACUAUGCAAUAACUAUUUAGAAUACCAGCUGACUGCUUCUUCCCUAUCUAUAAUGGAGUGGCCAGCACAGUCACCGGAUCUCAACCCUCUUGAGCUGUUGUGGGAGCAACUUGACCAUAUGGUACUUUUUUUUGACCUUUAUUUAACCAGGUAGGCUAGUUGAGAACAAGUUCUCAUUUACAACUGCGACCUGGCCAAGACAAAGCAUAGCAGUGUGAACAGACAACACAGAGUUACACAUGGAGUAAACAAUUAACAAGUGAAUAACACGGUAGGAAAAAAAGAGUCUAUAUACAUUGUAUGCAAAAGGCAUGAGGAGGUAGGCGAAUAAUUACAAUUUUGCAGAUUAACACUGGAGUGAUAAAUGAUCAGAUGGUCAUGUACAGGUAGAGAUACUGGUGUGCAAAAGAACAGAAAAGUAAAUAAAUAUAAACAGUAUGGGGAUGAGGUAGGUAAAAUUGGGUGGGCUAUUUACCGAUAGACUAUGUACAGCUGCAGCGAUCGGUUAGCUGCUCAGAUAGCAGAUGUUUGAAGUUGGUGAGGGAGAUAAAAGUCUCCAACUUCAGCGAUUUUUACAAUUCGUUUCAGUCACAGGCAGCAGAGAACUGGAACGAAAGGCGGCCAAAUGAGGUGUUAGCUUUAGGGAUGAUCCGUGAGAUACACCUGCUGGAGCGCGUGCUAAGAAGUGCCCAUCAAGCCAAAUCAACUUGUGGGACAUGCUUCAGGAAGCAUGGUGUGAAAUCAUGCUUCCUUAUUAUUUCAAUUAAAAUCAUUAUUUAUAA